AUGUACGGCGCGAUGAAGGAGCAGGCGGUGGCGCUGGUGCGGCAGGCGGUGGCGGAGGACGACGCGGGCGAGUACGCGGCGGCGCUGCAGCACUACGUGCACGCGCUCGACUACUUCGCGGCGCACCUCAGGUACGAGCGCAACCCCAAGGUGCGCGACGCCAUCGCCGCCAGGCUCCCGGGCUACGUCUCCCGCGCCGAGGAGAUCCGCGCGCUCCUCGACGGCCAGGCCGGGCGCGGCGGCGAGGGCGAGGGCGUGGCGGCGGAGGCCUGCAGGAAGGGUGGCCAGAGGAAGAAGGACGGCGAGGACGACGAGCGCGGCGCGGAGAUGGCCAAGCUCCGCGCGGGGCUCCACUCGGCGAUCGUCUCCGAGAAGCCCAACGUCAGGUGGGACGACGUCGCCGGGCUCGACGGCGCCAAGCAGGCGCUGCAGGAGGCCGUCGUGCUACCCGUCAAGUACCCGCAGUUCUUCACCGGUAAAAGGAGACCGUGGAGGGCGUUUCUCCUGUACGGGCCGCCGGGGACGGGGAAGUCCUACUUGGCCAAAGCCGUCGCGACUGAGGCCGACUCCACCUUCUUCAGUAUAUCUUCAUCGGAUCUUCUUUCCAAGUGGAUGGGAGAAAGCGAAAAGCUAGUCGCAAACCUCUUCGAAAUGGCUCGUGAAAAUGCACCUUCCAUCAUCUUCAUCGAUGAAAUUGAUUCUUUGUGUGGCCAACGUGGGGAAGGCAAUGAGAGCGAGUCUUCUAGGAGGGUCAAAACGGAGCUUCUCGUCCAAAUGCAGGGAGUUGGCCAUAAUGAUGACAAGGUCCUUGUUCUUGCUGCUACCAACACUCCAUAUGCUCUGGAUCAGGCUGUGAGGCGCCGUUUCGACAAGCGCAUCUACAUUCCACUACCUGACCUUAAAGCCAGGCAACGCAUGUUCAAGGUCCAUCUCGGUGACACCCCUCACAGCCUAACUGAGAGCGAUUUCGAAAGAUUGGCACAGCGAACAGAUGGAUUCUCCGGCUCAGACAUUGCCGUCUGCGUGAAGGACGUGUUGUUCGAGCCCGUGCGAAAGACACAGGACGCCAUGUUCUUCUUCAGGUCAGAUGGCGGCAGCGGCACCUGGACGCCGUGUGGCUCAAGGCAACCAGGCGCUGUGCAGACCACCAUGGAGGAGCUAGCGGAGGAAGGCAUGGCUGACAAGAUUACCCCACCUCCGAUCUCCAGGACAGACUUCGAGAAGGUCCUUGCGAGGCAGAGGCCUACAGUGAGCAAGGCGGAGCUGGAUAUUUAUACCAGGUUCACCAGAGAGUUUGGGGAGGAGGGCUGAACUAUACCCCACGGCUUUUCCUUUCUGUAAAUGUUACGAUAGGAUAGCUGACUUUGCAAAGCAUACAAUCAUUCUUGUACAUAUUGGUUGGUUAAAGACUCUGAUACUGAUUUUAAAAGGCAAUAGAAUUUUCUGAUACUAUUCGCUUAUCAUUAA